AUGUCGUCAGAAGCCGGUGAAGAGGGUUUGGACCUGUUCCAAGAGCCUGCUGAUUUCUAUGAACCAGAAAAGCAGGCAACCUUCGCGACUCAUCAGUUGCUUUCCGGCAAAGGGCUCACUGUUCGAUUGGUCGGUCAUAAUCCUUUGUGGGGACAUUUUCUAUGGAACGCGGGGCGAACCAUAUCCGACUACCUGGAAGAGCAUGCAGACAAACUCGUAAAAGAUCGAACGGUACUUGAGCUUGGCGCUGGAGCGGGACUUCCAAGCCUUGUCUGUGCUCUCAACGGUGCCGCUCAAACGGUCGUCACGGACUAUCCUGAUGCCGAGUUGGUCGAGAAUUUACAGUACAAUGUUGACCACUGCGAACUGUUGUCUAAGCCUCCCAAAAUUGUGGCGGAGGGAUAUCUCUGGGGUGCACCUACCGAUGACUUGAUGAAGUAUCUGCCUGAUAGUUCAGGCUUCGAUGUUCUCAUUCUUGCCGACCUUCUUUUCAACCACUCGGAGCAUACCAAACUCAUCAAGACUGUGCAGCUGACUCUCAAGAAGUCACCGGCAUCCCGAGCAUACGUCUUCUUUACACCAUAUCGCCCAUGGUUGUACGAGAAGGACAUGGCUUUCUUCGACCUAGCUAAAGAAUCGGGAUUCACCGUCACUAAGACGUUCGAAAAAGUCAUGGAGAAGGUUAUGUUCGAGGAAGAUCCAGGGGAUGAACUUCUUCGCCGGACUGUCUUCGGCUACGAGCUGACCUGGGAUGCUUAA